AUGCAAAUUCAGGAAUUGGAUUUCAUAUUGGUACCUUUGGGUGUGUUGAUUCUGGGAAUUUAUCACGUUUGGCUUCUCUACACCAUUAUCCGCUAUCCAUCUCGCACUGUUAUUGGCUUGAAUGCUCAAUCACGCUAUCAAUGGGUUCUUUCCUUGAUGAAUGAUCCCUUGAAAAAUGGCAUUUUGGGCAUUCAAACAAUCCGGAACAACAUGAUGGCAUCCACUCUUCUUGCUACAACUGCAAUCACACUCAGCUCACUAAUUGGCGUUUUCGCGAGCAAUGACUCAAUUUUUGAAAAUAAUACUCCCAUUACUGAUUCAAUCAAACGCCUUUCUAUGUCGUUAUGCUUCCUUUUUGCAUUUCUAUGUAACAUGCAGUCUAUCAGAUACUAUGCACAGGCAAGCUUCUUAAUAUCAACUCCUGCACUCAAAGGCAAAAAGGAUUUGAUUGAAUAUGUUGCGAAAACCUUGGACCGUGGAAGUUAUGCUUGGUCCCUUGGCUUGCGUGCAUUCUACGUGUCAAUUCCUCUAAUCCUCUGGAUUUAUGGGCCUAUACCCAUGUUUGCUUGUUGCUGCUUGACACCAUUCACUUUGUACUUCUUGGAUACAACAGCUAAAAUCACAAGGGAACUUCACAGCAACUCGUUCAAGAAGGACAGGGGAACUCAUGAUGUUGAAUCUGUAGUGGAGCCUGAUUAUCAUCCUUUAGCUGGUGACAAUUUGGCUUAAAACACAGGUGUGGAUCAUGUAUAGUUAAUUAACCAUGUAAUAGUUAUGCGAGGUUUUUGUUAGAUUUUAGAGUUUUCUAUUUCCUAGCUAUAAUUACCUAGUGAGUCAUGAUAGCCUAGUAAUAAUAACGACUUAGUAGGUGUUAAUGACCUUGUGGCUCUAUGUAAACGGUCUAUCAGUGCUUCUAAUGCUUGUAAGAUAUCAAUGUAAACGGUCUAUGCUAAAACUUGUAAUAUCUUCUCUUGGUUUGUAAGUUUUCUGAUUUUUCCUUGCCUA